AGGACCAAGGGCUCAGGAUGUACCCAAUGUAUCCCUGGCCAGGUGAAAGCCCAUGCCUCGGCCGCCGCUCAGUCGCCUGCUCGCUGUCCUCAAACUCACCGCACCGCGCAAGAAGAUGCCUUACUACGCCGUGGCCAGGGGCAUCAAGCCAGGGAUUUACGAGUCCUGGCCAGAAUGUCAAAAGAACAUCGUGGGCUAUGCCGGUGCUCGCUACAAGAAGUUUUCCACCGAGAGUGAGGCCAAAGAAUUUGUACAGGAGAACUCCCUUACCUGCCCCGUGGUGGACCGGCGGGAGGCCAGCAAGAAGGAGGCCAGCGCACCAACAUCAACCAGCCAGGUCCAGAAUGGCGGAAGGUUAAGUCCAACACUCCUGGAGAUGAAAGCCUCCUUGAAGAACCUACAGAAGGGGGUAUCACAGCUGAGGACACAGUUUGAGGAGUAUGUUGCGAGUAGAGGCACCAACCUCCACUCAAAACAUGUCCCUCCCUCCUCAGCCCAGAAGAGGAGACAUGAAGAUGACUCAGAUGAUGACGAGUCGGAUGAUGAUGAUGACGAUGAAGCACGUCCAUCAAGCUCCAAGAAGCUGAAUGUUGAGGCAAAGAGUGUUGACAAGAGCAAGUUCAGCAUGGACAGUGACGAGUACCUUAUCGUGUACACGGAUGGCGCCUGUUGGAUGAAUGGAAAGCAAGGGGCCAAAGCAGGCGUGGGUGUCUACUUCGGCCCCGACCAUCCCCUCAACGUGUCUGAGCCAGUGAAGGGGCGCGCCACCAACAACAUGGCUGAGAUACAGGCCGCCACCUACGCCUUGGAGCUGGCACAGGCCGCGGGGUUCACUAAGGUUGCUGUGCACACUGACUCCCAGUUCAUGAUCAACUGUGCCAGCUCCUGGAUGAAGAACUGGAAGAAGAAAGGCUGGGUGAAGUCUGAUGGAGAACCAGUGAAAAACAAAGAGGAGCUUAUUGUUUUGGAUGCAGCCAUGGAGGGUCUGGUUGUUAAGUGGGUCCAUGUGAAGGGUCACGCCGGUCAUGAAGGUAAUGAGGAGGCAGACAAGUUGGCCCGGCAAGGAGCAAAGCUUUACAAGAGUGAGGGCUAAGUUAGGUGCCCUCUUUAAGAUUCCAUCAUUAUUAUUAUCAUAUAUCAAGAAAUAUGCCUUCUGUUUUGUACAUCUCUUAUGUUAAAUAAAUAUCUAUUAUAAAUUUUUUUUUGGAAUGUCUAUUUUGAUAUUACUAUUCUUGUUACCUCUGCUUUGCUGUAGGAUGUUGCCUUGUUAGUCUUCCCUUCAUCCACUUCUUGUUUAUCUUUUCUGAUACACUCCUUAGUUUUCUUCCUUCACUGCCUUAUAACACCUGAACAGAUGUUAUUGUCCUCUUGCAAAUGUACCUGUUUGGGAUACUUAAUGUUAAUUAAGCAAGUGACAUAUGUUUCCUGUAAUAAAUAAAAGUUUUGUGUAAAUUUUCAAAAUGAAAUUCUAUGUCAUUAAGAGAAUCUCCUUUACAAAGAUGUUUUAUAACUGACAAUAGUUAUAAAUUAAUAAGUUUGGACUCUGGAUUUAGCUUUUGUACUUAAUAUUGUUUGACAGGAGUGUAUUUGUAAUAAUUUAGCUUUUUGCUCUGAAGAAAUGAUGACAUUGGCAUUCAGAAAGUUGUUUUAAAUAUAAAACUACCUAGUGACCUGAUGAGCAAUCUCAGAGAAGCCCACUUUGAAAUGUGUUGCUAGGAUACCAGUCAAGUGCCUGAAAUAGGUAUGAUCACCUUAAGGACAGCCUGUUUACUAUGUAGGGUAGCUGGACGUAUUUUGAAAAAGUAGCUGUACUAUGAUGCAUGCAAGUGAGGUCUAUCCAGGUCUUCUGACAUGUUCAGUUACAGUUACAAAGAGACAAUCCCUCCUGAGUGAAAGGUCUUGUAACUCUACAGCAUUCAGUGUUGAUAGCAGAUGAGGUGAGGCAAGGACUGGGAGUUGAGGAAAUUAUUACUGGGAAAACACCACUCCACAUUUCAGUUCAACUAAACUUAUUAUGACGAGCAAUAUUUCACCAGUAGCAGCCUCCUUUCAGCAUCAAAUACCAGCCCUCACCUCUCCCCACCACCUAUCCCUGACCUAGCUACAGCUCAGUGAUUUUAGUUACAAGACCUCUCACUCUGGAAAGGGCACCUAUUUCAUGAGUGACUUCUUAGAGAGCAGUGGCAUAUGUAGGGUUGGUCUUGGGAUCUCCAGCCUCAUUCCGAUCUUGACCACAUCAACCACAUUUAUUCUCAAGGAUGUUUUACCUUCCUUAGCCCCUUGCCUCUCUAACCCAGGUAUAGUCAUUUUUAUAUGUUUGGUCAAAAAACAUAAUCCCAAGUAAACUUGGAACAUUCAAA